GGAGUUUGUUUGCUGUGGCGCUGUUGUCAGGGAGGGAAACCUCCGUUCGCGGGCUGUCAGUGAGCAGAAACAGACAUCAUGGAAGUGGAGAUGGCGGAGACUGAGUGUAAGCAGAAACCCACAGAAAGCGGACAGAAGGCGGACACGGAGGCCGGAGAGUCCUCGUCUAAAGGCUCCGGGAGCGCUUACGAGCUACCGUGGGUGGAGAAAUACCGGCCGCUGAAGCUGAACGAGAUUGUGGGAAACGAGGAGACGGUGAGCAGGCUGGAGGUCUUCGCCAGAGAGGGAAACGUCCCUAACAUAAUCAUCGCAGGUCCUCCCGGCACUGGAAAGACCACCAGCAUCUUGUGUUUGGCCCGCGCUCUGCUGGGAACCUCGAUGAAGGACGCCGUGCUGGAGCUGAACGCCUCCAAUGACAGGGGCAUCGACGUGGUGAGGAACAAGAUCAAGAUGUUUGCUCAGCAGAAGGUCACACUGCCCAAAGGACGGCACAAGAUCAUCAUUCUGGACGAAGCCGACAGGUAA